AAUGAAUCCCAAUGAUGAACAGUAGAGACUAUACUAAAUGUUCUAAUAAAUGGCAGGUCCUGAUACAUAUGGUAGAAUGAUUUAGAUGCCUAAUUCUCCUUAUUAUCCUUGCUGGGGACCUCCAUUUCCUUAACCAAUAAUGGGACCAUCUCCAAAUUAAAAAUAUCCAUUUCCUGAAUAAUUUGUGCAUGAUUAGGCACUCUAAAUGAAUUCGCUUCCACCAAAUUAAAGCGGAUUAAACCUAAAUGGUAUACCAUAAGGUUUACAAAACAUGCCUCCAAUGCCUAUGGGUUUGCCACCAGGUUUUGGAAUGCCUUCAUUAGGUCCUGGUCAAAUUCCAUAAGGACCUAUGGGACCUCCAUAAAUGGGUAAUAUGGGACCUAUGGGUGGAAUGAGUGCCAUAGGACCAGGUGGUAUCCAAAUACCUGGAAUGGGACCAAUACCUUAAGGACCUCUUGGUUAAAUGCCACCUUUUGACUUUUAAUUUAAAUAAUAACUUCCUUAACCACCAUCUCUAAACCAGAAUCAAAUGAUUUCUCCACAAUAGCAAUAAUUAUAAUAGUAACACUAAAUUUAGCAAUAACACUAACAAUAACAAUAACAAUAAUAACAAUAAUAAUAAUAAUAAUAAUAAUAAUAAUUAUUAUUAUAAUAAUAAUAAUAAUAAUAAUAAUAAUAAUAAUAAUAAUAACAAUAAUAAUAAUAAUAAGUUUCUUUAUAAUAAUAAUCUUCUGGAUAAUCAACUUAGAAUAAUGGCGUAGCUCAAUAAAAUUUAGAAUAAGGUAACUUAUUUUAUUAAUAUGUAGGAUUUUCACAAGUUGUUAAUGAAUUUUAACUAAAAAUUUUAAACAUGUUUGUUAUGUAAAAUUAAAUGUUACUUGAUUUCAAAAAUAAGAAUGCAAGUUUGGAAAAUACUAUUACAUCUAUUUUAGAUGAAAUAACAAAUUUACAAAAAAUUGUAGAAUAAAAAUUUGAUAAUGGUCAAGCUGAUGACUUUAUGAGUAGAUGUAAAUCAAACAAUUAUAUCUUAUAGUAUCAAUACCAAACUAAGAAAUGACACAAAACAAUAUUUUAUUGAAGUCCUUAUAAUACAAUUAGACUGAUUUUUUAUAUCAAUUAGUUUUAACAAAUGAUUUAGAAUAACCAUUAUUCAAAGAUAAAAAUUUUAAUUUAGAUAUUGCUCUUAAAGAUAUGAAAGGAAUGAAUAUUAAAAAUAAAAAUAAAAUAGAAUUAGAAGUUCAACUAUAUUCAUCAGAUGAUAAACCAGUGCUUUUGUUAUCAAAUUCUUAAAAUUAAGCAAUUCUAAGAUAACCUGAAGAUAAUGUUUGGUUAGAAGAUGGUAUAUCUAAUAUUGAAAAACUAUAAAUAAAUGAAGUUACUUCUCAUUAUCAAAAUGGUUGGAUAUAUUUAGUUGUUUAUCCAAUAAAAAAUGAUACUAAGAUUGUAUCAGAGGAAAUUAAUCCAGCUUAAAUUAAACCUUUAAUAUACAAAGUUAGUGUAAAAUCUAAGAAAACCUAGAAAAAGUAUUUUUAAAUAUUAAAUUAGGUCAUCUCGUUCAAGAUCAAGAUCACAUGAAAGAUUACGUAGACUAGAAAAGUUAGACAAUAAGUCAAGUUCAGAAUCUGAAAAUCCCAUUUAAUAAGAAAAUGAGAAUUGUUAAAGAAAUGUUGAAAUGUAAUAGGAAAAAGAAAAUAGAAAUAAUGAAGAAUAGUAAUCACUAUAUCAAGAACAAGAAAAAGAACAACAACAAUAAUAAUAAUAAUAAAACCAAGAAUAAGAAAAGGAAGAGAUAUAUUAAAAUAAUGAAUCUGAACCUUGAGAUCUGUAAUGUAUUUGUG